AUGCAGCUCACUGCGCUCUUGCUUGCCGCGCUCAGCGCCGUCUCCGUCUCUGCCACGCCUUCGUGGCUGGGAGGCGACCAGAUCGUGGUCAAGGAAGACUACAAGGUGCCGGGCGACAACCCGCUGUACUUCUGCGGCGACCCAGCCGACGACAUUCUCACGAUUGAGAAGGUUGACCUUAGCCCCAACCCGCCCAAGCCGUACGUCCUGCUUACAUCCGAAGCCUUUUGGAAGCCAGCUACGUCGCCAACGGAGACUAACGCCAUCAAGGCCACGGGCAACUUCAAGCAGGAAGUUGACGAGGGUUUCACCAUGCACCUGCAGGUCAAGUACGGCCUCAUCACGCUCAUCAACCAGAAUGCCGAUGGGUGCGACACCAUCAAGAAGGGAGAUCUCGACUGCCCGCUCGAGAAGGGCGAGAUGAGCUUGACCAAGGACGUUGACCUGCCCAGGGAGAUUCCUCCGGGCCAGUACACGGUUCUCGCCGAUGUCCUUACCGAGAAUGGCGACAAGAUUACCUGCCUCACGGCCAAGAUCGCAUUCCACCGGGGAGGCAUGGAGGAGGAGAAUGCCAAGGGCGGGGGUAAGAUGAAAUUCGGGCAGCCACGAGUGCAAAUGUCUGGGCCUUUGGCAAGCAUGGUGCAGGAGCGGUUGCGACGAAGGAAUGAGUUUGCCAGGACAGCAGGAGGCGCGAUACAUGCUGUACAUGCGGCUCGCGUGCAAGGCCGUCUACUCUCCAAACAACCUCCUCACGCGCUUCAGCACACUGUCCUUUUCAGGAUUCAGCGAAGGAAAGGCUGCCGUGUACGACUCGACGCGGUGUCGUAUCCUCUCAGCAAUCUAGCUCUUGUCAGCCUGCUGCUGCUGCAACCCGAUUCAAACAUCAGACAUGCGCAUCAGACACCCAACAGAUGCUCGCGCUGGGCCGGCCAUUCGACGUACAUGCUGGUUGAUGAGCAGGAUAGCAAUAUCCUUGCGCUCGGUGGUGAAGCGGUCAAAGGCAGCCUCAAUGGUCGACGUUUCCGUCUUGCUGUCCACGACCAGGAAGUUCUUUUGGCUGUCGGGCGGCUGGGUAACGUGCUGCACCACUCGUCAGUCCGGUCUUCUGUCGCGACGCCUGAGAAAGCAAUAGCAUACGCCUACGCCCGCGAGCAGCAUGCCCGUGCAAGUGUCCUGCCAACCGUUAGCUUUGCCCAUGCGCACGCCCAGCUUUCGCCAGAUACACACCUCAUCGCCGAUGACGGCCAAAAACUGCCUGUCCUUGUACUCUGCUGCCGGUGCUGCCAUGGCGAAAUGUGUAUGGAGGGCAGCUGUCGUGAGGUCGGGGCUUGGCUGCUGGUCAUGGAGCUGCCCGCCCGACGAGCCUACCUCGAUCCUUCCGACUGGCUGAUUUGGAUCUCCGAAGAACUCAAUAGCUCCGACUGGGACGAGUUCGCCGCUUCGUAUGCGCUCUAUCUUGGCUUCGGCGCAAAUGUUCUCUUCGUGCUCGCCCAGGCAAACAGUGGCGCGCCUGCCGCCUCAGACGAUGACGGUGUCUUCAACCAAGUCGACGGCCCUGGGUGGAUCAAGUGGAUACUGGGCUUGGUAGUCAUGGUGCUGGGCGGACUCAGUUUUGUCAACGCAUGGCUGGUUUGGGGAAAGAGGAGGUACUAUCGUCUGUUUGAACAAAAGGUCGACGUGGCGCCGCGCACACCCAGCGCGAAGCGCGUUCGGGUCGACUCGUCCCCUGCCUCGGCGAGCCCCAUGCAGUUUGUAAGGAAUCUGGUCAAGAACGAUGCCGCGAGCAGGGCGCAUCCGGUAGAGGGCAGAGACGUGUGGGAGGUUGCUGUCUGGGACCCAAACCCCCUGUGUCUGGAGCUGUUCUGUCUCUUCAGCCCGCUGCAUGUGGUGCUCUACUGUCUCAAUCUUCCUGUUGGCCCUCUGGAUCCGAGCCCCAGUGUCCGAGUUACAACGACCAUUUUAUUCGGGGCGGUGCUGUCUCUGCAGCUUUGGUGGCUGAGGAGCUCCUUUUCCCAGCAGAUCAAGGAUAACGCGCUCAUCAGCCGCCAAGUGCUCCAUGAGUACGACAGUAAGUUUGUGCACCCAUCGCUGCAGAAGCCAUGUCGCGAUGUCGGCGUACAGACCAUUUCAAAGAACCGCACGCACGAUUCAAGCGUCGGGGUCAAGGGCAGCAGUCAAGACCUAGCCAGCGAAAUCGUCACCUACACGCCCCGAACCAUUAUCAACCGCACUUUCCGCACAAACCCCAACGCCAACUACGCCUCGCAGUACGAUCCCGAUCAUUCAGCCUCGGCAUCGGUCUCACGCGCCUCGUCCAACACGCCCUCCCUCCGCCGUCGCGACAGCAACCCCCCACAGUACGCAACCACGUCUACGGGCACCGACGCCGACAUGUUCUCUCCGAUUCGCUCCUCCCAGCCACCAAACCCCUUCCGCCAAGCCCCUGUCAUUGCCCGAGCCAACGCCGACGCAAAAUCAACCGACGGAGGCUACCUAGGCAUCAACACGCAUGCCGCAUCUCCACUGCGCAAAUCAUCCAGUUCAAAUUUCAUCCUCAGGGAUGGCGACAGGAGCGCUGCGAGGGGAAAAGAUAGUCUGGGCGGCGCGUUUGAGCGCAGAGCGAGCCCCAGCAAGAGAGAUGUUAGCCCCUUGAAGCGAAUCAGCCUGGGGAAUGCCGCAGAGAGAGAGCGCAGCGAGCGGUCGUCGCUUGGAGGGAGAAGUAGUGGUGGGGGGUUGAGUGGGCUGGGUGUUGCAAAGAGGGAUACAGCGCGGUUUUGACAUGUGAAAUAGAUAUUGAAUAUGAAUGUACAACAUG